AUGGUCGUAUCGCAGUGUCACGCGAGCAGAGCCUCCGGAGACCUGGACAACGUGCACAAACGGGCGGCCCUCCGAAUCUUCACCGGCACAGGCCACGAGGGCCGAAUCGUCCCGCUCCGCCACGGCACACACGCUCACACGCGAGUCAAACGUGAGGAGACACGUUUUCGCCGUCUGGGCCGCGUACUGGUAGAUGCCGUUUGCGGCGACAACAAGAAACUGGCCCCCCACGUGGUAGGCCUCAACCAUAUCUGCGCCGUCCGCAGGCACGCUGGCCACGACUGUGCUGCCCGUGUACGCUGUCAACAGACCGCCCACCACGACAAAGCGAUUCAGCACGGGCGCACAGACACGAUCCCCGCUGAGGGGCACGGUGGUGGCCACCAGAACGGAAAGCGGGAGCAGACCCGCCGCAGAAGUGCGCGCGUCGACGAUAUCGUCGCCCGAGUCGAUGACGGUGGCGGCGUCCGAAGUGGUGCUUGUGGUGCUAGCGCGGCGCAGCAGCGGCGCCAGGUCGAGCGGCACGGCGCCCACAAACAGAGCGGAGUCGCGGUGCAGGUUGAGCAAGUCGGCGUCGCCCGAGGCGUAGCGGUCAAAGAAGUCGGGCGACGCGCGGCGCGGCGCAAGCACAUCGUCGAGGUCGCCCUCGGGCACGUAGUCGCGCGCGGCCGACGCCGGCGGGCGGAGAAGGCACAUGGCCUCCUGGAUCAGGCGGUGGAGGCCGUCGCGCGCGCGCCGAAGCACGUCCAAGUCGAUGGCGGGGAUUUGGCUGCCAUUCAAGGUGGCGCUACUGGAGUUGCUGGUGCUGCUGGCGCUGUUUGCAGCCAAACCGCUGUCUUUGUGAUAGCCGCCAGCCCUUGUGUUCUCGACAUCGAAGCGGCCUUCUGUCGUCUUGGUCGCGUCGUCAUUGGUGUUGUUCUGUUUGCCGUGGCUCUGGCGUUUGUCUCGCUUGUUAUCUUUAUCGUUGCUCUCCCCCUUGUUUUCCUUGUUUUCUGCCUUGUUUUGCUUGUUUUCACCCUUGUUUUCCUUGCUCUCUCCCUUCUCUUCCUCGGUCUCUAUCUUCUCGUUCGUUUCCGUCUUUUUCUUUCGCUCCUGCUCGAGCUCGCGGAUCCGGAGCGCCUGCUUCUCGUUGAGGAACCGCAAGGCAUUGAUCUCCGCCGUCAACUGGUCGAUCCGGCUCCGCAUCUCCAGCUUCUCCAAGUUGGUGACGAUUUUGAACCGCUCCAAGUUGGUGAACUCCGACGUCAAGUAGCUGAUCACCCCAGGAAGCGUGUAAUUGGCCAACUGUGCCUGUGGCUGGGGCAGAGCGCCCUCCGCCGAAUCUUUUCGGUUCGCCUGGGCCUUCAUGGUAGAGAAAGAUGUUGGUGUUGGCCGAACGUAAGGCUGCGCGCGCAUACAGGCCAUGACAGGCUAACGCUUUCUUCUUGA